AUGCCAGGAGGGCUGCAUCCGCCAUUAUCGGUGAUCGAGUCAUGGCCAGCACCCAACACCGUCAACCCCGACUCACAUGGCCCGGCCGCUAUUGUGGUCGCUGCGGUCUUCGGCGGGAUUGCAAUUGUGACGGUGAUGGUGCGGCUGUACGCACGGUGUAUUAUUCAGCACCAGGGCGGCAUCGAUGACAUCCUGAUUGCGCUGGCGCUGCUACCGACCCUCGGCCUCAUCGUCGCCGUUCCGAUAGGCAACGAAGUGUACGGUGAAAAGCACCACUCUUGGGACAACAGCGUCGCGGAUCUGAUCGGCGAGCGCAAAGUGGCGGCGGCCUCGGAGCUGUUCUACGUGCUGGCGUCGGGGCUGAUCAAGACCUCGGUGCUGCUGUUCUACCGGCGCAUGAGCCAGCGGACGGUGUCGCCGCGGUUCCGCGCGCUGAUCUGGGUCAGCAUCGGCUCGGUGGUGGCCUACAGCGUGGCGUUCGUGCUGGCGCUCUUCCUCUCGUGCCGGCCUCUACGCGCGUUCUGGCGCCAGGUCGACCCGACCUGGGCGCUGACGCACCAAUACAGCUGCUACGACGAGGGCGCGCACCUGAUCGCGGCGACCUCGAUCAGCCUCGCGCAGGACCUGCUGGCCACGACCCUGCCUGCGGUGUUCUGCAUCCGCCUGCACAUGCGCCGCCGCCAGAAGGUGGCACUCACGGCCGUCUUCUCGGUCGGGUAUCUCACGGCGGUCGUCGCGGGGAUCCGCAUCUACUUCCUGUGGCGCAUGUUCUACGCCACGUACGACGGGUCCUGGAUGGCCUGGUACUGCUGGGUGCUGGCCCUGCUGGAGGUGGCCCUGGCGGCGACCUCAGCCAGCCUGCCGGCCGUCAAGGUGUUCUUCCGGUGGUACCAGGUGCCCUCCAGCCUGGCGGGGAAGCUGCGGUCGUUGAAGCUGAGCCACAGUCACAGUACGCGGACGCCGACGGGGCAGUCCGGUUCGCACGGGGGACACAGUCGGGAGCGGGAGCGCGGUCGGCAGUCUGGCGAUACGGAUCAGUAUCUGGUGGCGAUGGAGACUUCAGGGGAUGAGCAUCCCAGGAUGGUGGAGUUGGAGGCGUUAUCGUCGCCGUCUGGGGAGGGAGAGGAUCGGGAGUUGAGCAAGGGGGCGGCGGAGAAGAGCUGGCAGUGCGGUCAGGAUGCCAUUGUUUGA